CGUUAAUUGAGUACCCGAUUUAUUUUACUGAGUGACUCAUAAGAAAUCAAGUCAGUCAACUGAAUGGAGUUUCCCCAACACUACGCUCGAGGGCCACGUUUGACGUCAUCACUAAGCGUCCCACUUGUGGCUGUAUUUGUGUGCGGCAUGAACUUUGCUAACUUGUCUUUUGGUGCUAUUUAAACAGCGGGAGAAGCCAUCCCUUUAGCUGCUAGUUUAAGCUAAUUUUAUCGACGUUAACGUCCUCGAGCCCGGGACAAGAAAAGAAAGAAGCAAUGGUAUAAAGAUUAGUUGUGUUAUUUUAUUACCCUUACGAGUUCAGUGCCGUGGAGUCAUGUGAUUUAAUGCAAGAAAUCAGUGACUGUCAUGAGUGGCGUUGCCCAAUGAUACAGCUAACAGGAAGACGCUGCCAAUGCGCCACCGCUAUCUUGACUGGGAGCAUGAGAUGAGAAAGAGCUUUGUAUUCGUGUGAAUUGAACAAAACUCGCCAGGCCGAGGCUGACUUGGACUCUGUAUUGGUAUUGGCCUGACUGAGGUAGCCCCCCUGCAGCCAGCGUGAACUUCUUUUCUUUCGUCAAUCAGGCCCACUUCCCGCUAUUGGUCCCCCCCCUCACAGUUUGGAAUGAUGAUUGUUGAACAUUUCAUGAAUUUGCCUACUUUGUGUAGUAUAUAGUUCCUAUAGAAUGGCCAUUCAGUUAUUCAAACCUUAUUGGUGUAAUGGUGUAAAUACUAACCAACAUAUGUUCUUCAGCAAAAUCCAGUGCAUUUUCUGUUCUUCCUCCCCCCUGGACCUAACCUUCUGUAUAUCUCCUAGUCCAAUUCUUCCAUUGCUUACACAAGGCUUAAAGUUUGGACUUUGACCUUUGGGGACUGUUGACAUCACCACCACCAACUAAAGGAGGCGCUAAACCGAAGGAAAAUUCUGCCAAGGUCCAAAAUCCACCACAGAAGUCUUAUGCACGUGUUCCUGUGCCAAGGUGUGUGCGGUCCCUCUAAAGAGACAACUUCCAAAGCUGCUAUACGAGCGUCUGCCAUGUCCCAGGCUGCCCCACCGCUACUAUCUGUCAGGCCCACCCGGGGCCUCGUGGAUGAGGCAUUCAAGGUGCUAGUGGAGAAUCUGUCACCAGGAGCGCCAGUCACCCUGCACUCCCUCCACCAGUCGGAGGACAAACACUACUGGGAGGCGUACGGCCACUACAUCAGCACCUCCACCGGAGUGGUGUCUGUCACGGAUGACUUGAGCUUAGGAGGAACUUACCGAGGAAAAGAAGCCAUGGGUUUGCUGUGGAGCAUGCGGCCUGUCCCUGGCAGCCGUACGGGCCUGAGGUUGCGCAAGAUGAACAUCUGCAGCCCCAUGCUGGUCUCCAUCUCCGUCUACAGCGGCCAUGUUAGCCACGACUUCAGCCAGCGACCUCCUCUGGCUGCCGUGCUCACAGAAAGGUGGUACAUGGCGCCUGGGGUCCGCAGGCUGGACAUCAAGGACAGAGGAGUACGAGGGACUCUCUUCAUCCCUUCAGGUCCAGGACCCUUCCCAGGGAUGCUGGACAUGUUGGGGAGUGGCGAGGGGCUUCUGGAGUAUCGCUCGGCCUUGCUGGCCUCGCAUGGUUAUGCCUCUUUGGCAUUAAAGUAUUUUGCCCCCAGAGAGCUGGCUUCUGCUGACCUGGAGCUGGACUACUUUGAAAAGGCCUUUGAACUGCUCAGGCGCCAUCCUGCUGUCAUCCCAGGCAGGGUGGGGAUAUUGGGCCUUUCACUCGGCACCAACGUCGGCAUGUAUUUGGCAUCUGAGAGCAGUGUAAAGCCUACUUGUGUUUGCAUCAGCGGCAGCCACUUUUUCCCAUGCGGCAAAACCCUGAGUGCAGUCCACCAAAUGGUCUAUGGGGAUGUUGAAAAGCUCCGCAUGGAUGACAACCAGAAUCUGAUCUGGGGAGACACCAUGACCAUCUCCAGCGACCUCUCCUGGAAAUUAGACAUAAGUGUGAGGACACUCAAUUGUCCUGUCAUGUUGGUUAACGGCCUUGAUGACCAGAAUCAACCUACUGUGGAGUUUGCAGAGGAUAUUUUCCACAUGAUGCAUUCAGUUGGCAAAGAUCACCUGUUGACGCGUCUGGAGUACCCUGACACCGGACACCUGAUUGAGCCGCCCUAUUUGCCUCACUUCAGAGCCACCAACGUCAUAUGUGUCCCUACUGUGGGGCGGACAAACCAAACCACACUCAGAUGCGCAGGAGGACUUGUGGACGGAAAUCUUGGCCUUUCUGCAGCAACAUCUCUACUCCAGACAGAGUCCAAGGGCCAGGAUGUGAAGCAGGGCCUCACUUUGUGGGACCACCUUGUGGCUUGUCAGCACAGCGGAUCACAUCUUUCCGUCCUCUGGAGUACCACCUGCAUGUCCUAUCGAAGCACAUCUAGAAAUGUCCUCUUUGGUCUUCCCCACCCUGGCAGCCCCACCUCCAGCAUCCUUCUACCAACACCAUCGCAAUCCCUCUUUCUCACAUGGCCGAACCAUCUGCUUCCCUGACCAUGGCUCCCAGAUGUCUCAUUCGGGCUGUUCCUCUGAUCUGCUCUUUCCAAUCCUGUCCACCUUCUUCACUCCCAAUGAAGACAUCUUCAGCCUCGAGUUUAAAACUCCAAACUCGAGUUUUGUGAGCGCUUCACUUUUUCCACGUUGUGUUAUUGUGAAGUGGAAUGACUUCAUCUUUUUCCUCAGAAUUCUACGCACAACACCCCAUCAAGUCGACAUAAAAAGAAGUUUUGAAAAGUUAGGGCUCCUACUC